AUGCUUCUUGCUAUUGCUUAUCUCUUCGUUCUUAUUAUUAUUGCUUAUUUUUAUGUUAAAACGCAUCCGAUGAAAGAUGAAUGUGCGCAAAGUGUACCAAUCAUUUUGCCUAACGAUGUGAAUCUUAAUGAAAGGCGACACCGCCACUAA